UAUGAGCGGCUAUCUGCCGGUUACGGCUUGCAGGAAAGAUGGAGUAUACUGCGUUGGGCACCGUGGAGGCCGCGGACAGCGGAGGGGCCCUGCCAUACAACAGCUCGGAGGAGCGAGAAGGCCGGGAACCGGACGGACUGCGCUUCGACCGCGAGAGGGCGCGCCGCCUGUGGGAAGCAGUGUCCGGGGCCCAACCAGUGGGGAGGGAGGAAGUGGAGCACAUGAUCCAGAAGAACCAGUGUCUCUUUACCAAUACUCAGUGUAAGGUUUGCUGCGCCUUGCUAAUUUCUGAGUCCCAGAAGCUGGCACACUACCAGAGCAAAAAACAUGCCAACAAAGUGAAGAGAUACCUAGCAAUCCAUGGAAUGGAGACAUUAAAGGGGGAAACGAAGAAGCUAGACUCAGAUCAGAAGAACAGCAGAAGCAAAGACAAGAACCAGUGCUGCCCCAUCUGUAACAUGACCUUUUCCUCCCCUGUCGUGGCCCAGUCGCACUACCUGGGGAAGACCCACGCAAAGAACUUAAAGCUGAAGCAGCAAUCCACUAAGGUGGAAGCUCUGUCGAAACGCCUUACAAACCCUUUCCUUGUGGCCUCCACCUUAGCCUUGCACCAGAAUAGAGAAAUGAUAGACCCAGACAAGUUCUGCAGCCUCUGCCAUGCGACUUUCAACGACCCUGUCAUGGCUCAACAACAUUAUGUGGGCAAGAAACACAGGAAACAGGAAACCAAGCUCAAACUCAUGGCACACUAUGGGCGGCUGGCCGACCCUGCUGUCACUGACUCAUCAGGUAAGGAACCUGAGUCUCAGAGAAGCCCCACUUUUACAAAUGAGGAAACCAAAUCUCAGAGAGGUUAAGUAACUGGCCUGUGGUCCUACAGCUGGGAAGGGUUACCCCUGCAAGACGUGUAAGAUAGUGCUGAACUCCAUAGAACAGUAUCAAGCUCAUGUCAGCGGCUUCAAACACAAGAACCAGUGAGUAAUCUUCCUUUGAAAUUCAAGGGUCUGCUACAAGAACUCAAGGCUUCUAAAUCAAAACAAAGCCAGGUACUACUUUGCUAAAAUGGAAUCCUGGCAGCCUUUUCUCAGUCAACAGAAAAUCAGUCAGUUAACAAAAGUGUCUCCUCUGUAAGUUUUUCCUCCCAUCAGCUUCUCCGCAGCCUUUAGACCUGCCACUGAAGGUUUGAGUAGAGAAACUUAAGACACUUUCCUUGGCGGUCUCCUAAAAGUACUUAGAUUUCCUGCCCUAUAGCAGUCUGACUAGGGAAGUUUCCCUUCCCUCAAGCCUGUCACUGGCCUAAGAACCUAGUCUCUACUGCCAUCAGUUCUAUGGCAAAAGCUCACUCUCCAGGUUAUUACCAAAUAUGACCAGAUUUGUUCAUUCAUUGAUCAAGUAUUUAUUGAACACCCUCUGGGUGGUGGCCAAAACAGAUCCAGUCCAUGCUCUUGUGACCUUACGUUCUGAUGGGAGGAGACAAACAAUAAACGAGUAAACAACCAAUAAUUACAAAUUCUGAUAAGUGCUUUGAAGGGAAGAGGUAAACACAGUCAUCUGUUCAUGAUAACCUUGAAAAUGACUAACACUCUUUGAACCCCUGUUCUGUUGCAGGGCAUAUGCCAAGCAAAUCCUCUCAGGUAAUCCACACAACAACCCUAGGAAGAAGGUAUUAUUAUUAUAGACAGAGGCAACCACCAUUCAAGUGAUACUAUGAGACAGAGCCUAUAAUUCAAACUGAGUCUUGUCUGGCUCACAGCAUGCUUUUCUAGGGCAUCAUGCUAACAAGGAGGUUAUGGCACCGUGUGAUAUGAGGAGGCUAGGGCCUGGUAAGGGGAGGGCUUAUGCAGUUCUGUCUCUUCCUCUCAGAAGGGAACUGGGUAGUGUGGACAGUGUGCUACAACAUAACUUUCUGAGAUGAGAAUAUACUCAUUUUAUAGAUAAGGAAAUUGAGUUUCAGGCAACCAAGUCUAAUAAACUGAUUUCUUUGACUUAAAUGGUAGGUUCUGCAUUGUUCACAGAGCUGAAUUAACUAAAGGUGGUGAAAACACAAAAUAUUAGUCAAAAUGUCCUUGGUCCUCUCCACUCUGACUGAAGUUUCCCCUCCCACAUUGCAGCAGAUCUGAGGACUUUUGAGGCUUCUUUUAGAUAUGGACUUGAGACAAGCCUGCACAGUCCAGCCUGGGGCUCACUCCCAUUUCAGCACAUCUCCCUUGCAGCUUGACUGGUGGCAGUUUCAGCAUACAACCUGGAGACAACCAGAGCCCUACCCUGGGGGUGCCCAGUCUUGAAAAUGCUAGUAUUUACUCUUUUCUUUCUAUAUUUUCAGCUAUGUGACUUUGGGUGAGUCAGUAAACUUCUCUGAGGCUCCACUUCCUCUUCUGUAAGAUUAUAGCUACUAUUUAACACCUAAGUUAAUUUCAUUUAAUUCACAGUAGCAGCUCUGAAUUAAGACACACACACACACACACACACACACCCCUUUACGACCUGAGGAAACCUAAUGUCAGGUAGGUUAAGUGACUUGCCCAAGCCACUUAGUUACUUGGAGUUAGACCCAGAAUUCAAACCUUUUGAUUCCAAAGUACAUUUAUUUUGCUCUGCCAUUGCAUAUGGGGCUCAUUAUCCUCACCUUAUGGGAUGACCUGAGAGUUAGAGAUAAAGUAUGUGAAAUGCUGGUACCAGAAAAGGGAACUAUUAGAGGUAAGCUUUCAUUCAUUCAACAAAUAUUUAUUGAGUACCUACUAUGUGCCAGGUCCUAUAUGGAGCACUAGGGCUACAGUAGGAACCAGGAUCAAUGCUGUUCCCUGAUUUUUUUGGAUCCCCAUCUAGUGGUAGAAGCAGAUCCUAAACAAAUCCAUAAACAAAUAAGACAAUAUCAGUUAUUGCUAGGUAUGCAGAAAGUGGGAUAGAGUGACUGGAGAGCCACUUUUGACUCAGUGUGAGGGAAAGAAUGAUCAGUCUGUACUAUCCAGGUCAUAUAGGGCCCUAUAGGCAGAAUAAAUGGUUUGGUAGUGGAGAGAUGUGGGCUGCUGUUCUGAACCUGCCACACUUUUAAAAAGCUUAAGGGUGGAGGGAUGGUCAACAACAACAACAACAACAACAUAAUUAUUUAAUUUUAAAAAUUAAAAAAACAAAACAGAAAACAACAAUAAAAAGCCUACUGGGGUCAGGUGACUUAGACUUUCUGAACUUUAGUUUCAGGGGUACUAUCCCCGCCUUGUAGAAUUGCCAUGAAGAUUAAAUAGGAUGCUAGAAGCAAAGCACCCAGCAUUGUGCCUAGCAUGCAGUGACCCUCAGUAAAGGAGACCUGGUCGCCUUAUUACUCCAAGGCCCUGGAAGAGCUGUACUAUCUUUAGAAAAUUACCUGGAGCACCAUCAUAACCACCACAAACUGACCCUGUGUGUUUAUUCCUUCUCAAACUACAGGUCACCAAAAACAAUGGCAUCACCCCUGGGCCAGAUUCCAAUGCAAAGGCAGCCCAUUCAGAAAGACUCAGCCACCUUGGAAGACUAGAGGUGUUUCUGUCCAGCACCCCAGGUUGAACCAGCCGUGAGCCAGCUUCC